AGUUUUCCUCUUCGCCCGGGCCGAAGCAGGGCCCGGGUCAUCAGUGUCCAGAGCCGGCGGCCUGCGAUGUUGCCUUUCCAACCGGGCGGCCAGGAGGAUCCCCAGGAUCUUUUAUUCCUGGGCUCGAGGUCCUGACGGGCCCUUUUCUGAACCGGACCCUAUAGGUCUUCCGCCUGCCGGUGCAUUAAAUUUGGAGGCGGAGGAGGCUUCGGCGAUCAUAUUUACCCGUAGUGACUAAAGUGGUUUUGCUUUCUUUAGAAUUGAGGCCUCCAACUCUGAGGCUGACUGAAACUUUUAAAUCCAAACACACGAGGCCCUUCUGGCAUUUCCUGACACAGCCCAAGUCCUGGGCCAGUGCUGCCCAGCGGCGGCACCUGGGUGGGGGGUGGGGGUGUGAUUGGCUGGAGCCGCGGGCCCGCCUCCGCGCGGGCGUCUCGGACUAGCCCCAGGCUGUGGAGCGGCGCUCCGGUGCCAGAGGUAUCCGAGCCGAGGAGACUUGUGGUUUCUCUGACUCUAUGGUCUGAGGCGGCAGCACUGAUCAUGGAGACCGGUGCCUCCCGCGAGCCCGAGACGGCCGAAGUGCUGCCCCAGCACAAGUUCGACUGCAGGUCUCUGGAGGCCUACCUACACCAGCACUUGCCCGGCUUUGGGGCCGAGCCCGAGGCCAAGCUGACCGUUGCCCAAUACAGAUCAGGACAGUCCAAUCCAACCUUUUAUCUCCAGAAGGGCUUUCAGGCAUAUGUACUCAGAAAAAAACCACCUGGUUCACUUCUUCCUAAAGCACAUAAGAUUGAUAGAGAAUUUAAAGUCCAGAAAACUUUGUUUUCAAUUGGAUUCCCCGUUCCCAAACCUUUAUUGUACUGCAGUGAUGCUUGUGUCAUUGGAACAGAAUUUUAUGUGAUGGAACAUGUACAGGGCCGAAUCUUUCGUGAUUUCACAAUUCCUGAAGUUAGCCCAGCAGAACGCUCAGCCAUAUAUGUGGCCAUGAUAGAAACCUUGGCUCAGUUACAUUCCUUGAAUAUACAGUCACUGCAGCUGGAAGAAUAUGGUAGAGGUGCUGGGUACUGCAAAAGACAGGUAUCAACCUGGACAAAGCAAUAUCAAGCUGCAGCUCAUCAGGACAUCCCUGCCAUGAACCAACUAUCUGACUGGCUAAUGAAAAACUUGCCAGAUAAUGACAAUGAAGAAAAUUUGAUUCAUGGAGAUUUCAAACUAGAUAACAUAGUUUUCCACCCUAAAGAGUCUCGAGUUGUAGCUGUACUAGAUUGGGAGCUUUCAACCAUUGGUCAUCCUCUGUCAGACUUGGCUCAUCUCUCUAUGUUCUACUUUUGGCCAAGGACCAUUCCAUUGUUAAGUCAAAGUCCUCAUUUGCAAGAAAACAUAGGGGUACCAUCAAUGGAAGAACUGAUUUCAAUAUAUUGCCGCUGCAGGGGAAUUAAUUCUAAUCUUCCUAACUGGAAUUUCUUUCUUGCCCUUUCAUAUUUUAAAAUUGCUGGAAUAGCACAGGGAGUAUAUAGUAGAUAUCUUCUGGGAAAUAAUGCAUCUGAAAGUAGCUUUCAGUUUGCCAAUAUUGUGCAACCUCUGGCAGAAACUGGAUUACAACUCUCAAAAAGAACUUUCAGUACUGCACUUCCACAGACUGAUACUACCAGACAAUUGUUUGUACAGACUAGGACAGGCCACGAAGUUCUUACUAGGGUGAAGCAGUUCAUGAAACAACACAUCCUCCCAGCUGAAAAGGAGGUAAUUGAGUUCUAUAUUCAAAAUGAAAAUUCAGUAGACAAGUGGAAAAAACCUUUAGUGAUUGAUAAACUCAAGGAAAUGGCCAAAGCAGAAGGCCUCUGGAACUUGUUUUUGCCAGCUGUAAGCGGUCUCAGCCAAGUAGACUAUGCCUUGAUUGCUGAAGAAACAGGAAAAUGCUUUUUUGCUCCAGAUGUCUUUAACUGCCAAGCACCAGACACAGGGAACAUGGAGGUGCUUCACCUAUAUGGAAGUGAGAAACAGAAGCAGCAGUGGCUUGAGCCUCUUCUUCAAGGGAGCAUUGCCUCUUGCUUCUGUAUGACAGAGCCCGAUGUAGCUUCAAGUGAUGCCACAAAUAUUGAAUGUAGCAUCCAGCAAGAUGGAGAUAGCUAUAUAAUUAACGGCAAGAAAUGGUGGUGCACUGGAGCUGGGAAUCCAAAGUGCAAAAUUGCAAUUGUUAUGGGAAAAAGUAACAAUAACUGUGUAACCAGACACAAACAACACAGCAUGAUUCUUGUUCCCAUCAACACACCUGGAGUAGAAGUAAUAAGGCCCUUGUCUGUUUUUGGCUACCUGGACAAUUUCCAUGGAGGACAUUUUGAGAUCCAUUUUAAUCAAGUGCGAGUUCCUGCCACCAAUCUAAUACUAGGUGAAGGUAGGGGAUUUGAAAUUGCCCAAGGCCGCCUUGGACCUGGCAGAAUCCACCACUGUAUGAGAACAAUAGGUUUGGCUGAACGUGCUUUGCAGAUCAUGUGUGAACGGGCAAAACAAAGGGUGGCCUUUAAGAAGAAACUGUAUUCACAUGUUCUUGGUGCGGUAGCAAGGAGUAUUGAUGAGGUGGUGGCUCACUGGAUUGCUGAAAGCCGCAUUGCCAUUGAGGAGAUCCGCUUGUUGACCUUGAAAGCUGCCCAUAGCAUUGAUACUCUGGGCAGCUCUGGUGCUAAGAAGGAGAUUGCAAUGAUUAAAGUGGCCGCUCCUCGGGCCGUCUGCAAAAUUAUUGACCAGGCCAUCCAAGUGUGUGGAGGUGCCGGCGUUUCCCAUGAAUACCCUCUGGCUAACAUGUAUGCCCUAACGCGAACUUUGCGCUUAGCAGAUGGGCCCGAUGAAGUUCACCUCUCGGCAGUGGCAAAAAUGGAGCUGUGGGACCAAGCCAGAAGCCUGAGGGCCAAGGUGUAGAAUUCAUCGGCUUCAGCAUUUGUAUCUCAUUCAGCUUUUGCAGCAGUUUAAGCACAGGAUUAAUUACUCACUUUGGUAAAGUUUUGAGCAUCUGUUUUAAUCAAUGGGUUUUGUCAUUUCAAGGGUCACACUUAAAAUUUUAUAAUUUCAAGGGUUUCAGUGAAAAAGAAAUUUCAUAGCUGUUGUCAUUCAGUCUAACACCUAAGUGUAUAGCAUUUAUUUUUUAAACGCUUCUCUUGUAAAGAAAUCAUGAAAUAAAUUGGAGAACUAAAGCAUAGCGUAAAAAUAUUUUCACUUCUUUACUUUCAGGAAUUGUUCCACUUAAAUAAAUAUUCAAGGAAUAUUUAAUCACUACUUUGUAAAAAAUAUUGUGGGAUCCCCUUUUUAACAUUGGUUUUAGGGGCUGGUUUAACACUUUGUGGUAAUGUUUGCACUGGAGAAGGAUGGAUGACUGAUUGGGUCAUUUUAGAGUUUGUAUUGCUAUAAGCCUCUUCAUAAUUCAACAGGAAGCAUUUAUACAUAAAAUCUGAUUGUUACUAGAAGACAUGGCAUCUUAUGAGAAAAUAUAAUUAAGAAAAAUUUUAAUUAUGUAUAAAAUGUUGAUGCUAACAGUGGAUAGUUUAACCUACAAGAAAGUUAUGCAGUUUUGAGAGGAGAUUAAAGACAGUGUUCUCUGAACACCAUUCUGUUAAUAGCAACACCCUAAGCCAACAUUCUUGGGGCACUUGAAGUCAGUGCUGCCAAGGACUGCAGCCCAGGCCAUGUUGUAAGUCUUGAGCACCUGAACUGUGGUCAGCAUAACUGAGGAACUGAAUUUUUGAUUUUUUUAAAUUUUAAUUAAUCCAAAUAUAGAUUCUCAACUCAGUUACUGGAAAACUUUUAAGUAUGCUUGGAAUAACUUGGGUAUGUGAAUUGUCUUUUGCAAAUGUAAAUUGUAUGAAAUCUAAAUACAGAGCAAGUAUUUUGAAUGAAAAUUUAACAUCCAAAUUAAGAAAGUAUACAAUAUAUACCAGAUUUUGAAGACUCAGUAUGAAAAAAAAAUUAAAUGUCUCAUUAAUACUUUUCUAAUAUUGAUUACAUGCUGAAAUGGUAAU